UCUUUUGGUAAAAUUACAGGUAUUCUUUUGUUAAGUUUCUUCUUAGUUCCUACCAUCACCUUGCUGAUCUGACUAUAUUCUUUUGUGGGAGAUAAGUGCAAGUAUCUUACUACUGAAAUAUCAAUGUUUUUAUAUCUAAUCAUGAGUUAUGAAUAAUGUAGGGAGAUCCUGGCAUGAAGGGGACCUUUGCAACUCGUGUUGCUGGAUCUGCUGACCUUUACAUGGUGAAUAAGCGCAAGCCUUACCACAGCAUUAAUUUUGUAAUUGCACAUGAUGGGUUCACAUUGUAUGAUCUUGUUUCCUACAAUUUUAAGCACAAUGAUGCCAAUGGAGAAGGUGGAAAGGAUGGAAGCAAUGACAAUUUAAGUUGGAAUUGUGGUUUUGAGGGAGAAACUGAUGAUGCUAACAUCAAAGCCUUGCGCUCCCGACAAAUGAAAAACUUUCAUUUGGCAUUGAUGAUAUCACAGGGAACACCAAUGAUGCUAAUGGGUGAUGAAUAUGGCCAUACCCGGUAUGGGAAUAACAACAGUUAUGGCCAUGAUACAGCGAUUAAUAAUUUUCAGUGGACACAGUUGGAUGCAAGGAGUAGCCAGUUCAGAUUUUUCUCAGAGGUGAUAAAGUUUCGGCAAACAAAUAAAGUGUUUAGACAUGAAAAUUUUCUGAACAAAAGUGAUGUCACGUGGCAUGAGCAUAACUGGGACAAUUUUGACAGCAGAUUUCUUGCGUUUACGUAAGAGCUCACAAUCUUACAAGUUAACUACAUGUGGAAUGUGGAUUCCAUGCAACAAAAUCAAUUUGCUUUAGUAGUUUACUGACAUCACUCUAUGUCGUCUUGAUUUUUAUAUUUGGAGUUGGCAUUUCUAAAAGGGUUAUUAAAUGGGAAAGGCUAAUAUGAUUGUAUGUUAGUCAUUCGGAUCAUCACCACUUUGGGGGCAUGCUUGGAAGAUCCGGUUUUAUUGACAUAAAACCCUGUUUAAUUAUGCUGGUUUUCCAUAUUCACGUUCCCUUUGUAAGUGUGACACUAUUUCUCUGCACUCCCCUGCAUUUCCACUAAAUUAUUUGUUUCACAGGCUUCAUGACAGCAAAGGAGCUGAUGUCUAUCUGGCAUUCAAUGCUCAUGACUUCAUUGUUAAAGCUCAAAUGCCUUCACCACCACCAAACAGGCGUUGGUUUCGUGUGGUGGACACCAAUCUUGCAUCUCCUGAUGACUUUGUCCCCGGAGGAGUCCCUGGCAUCAGCAGCACCUACAAUAUUGCCCCAUACUCUUCAAUUCUUCUUGAAGCUAAAUAAUGAACUGUCCUGUUUCUAAGGAAACGAAUUGCUGAGCUUGAAGGAAGAUUGUUGAUUAUUUCCCACGGGACAAAGGUGAAACUGAACAAAUUUAAAUUAGGUACACGAGGAGAAAGGAAUGCGUUGAGCGCAUUAACUUUAUACUGUGUAUGGUAUCCUUUCAUUCUUGAUUUCUGCUUUCGUUUUUAAAAAAUGAAGCCAGAUUCCUUAAGAAAAAAAAAAAAAGAAGGGAAAAUUUGGUUUUAAAAUGGUGAUCUUAAAUAACCCAUGAGAAUUUGAAUCAAAGUGGUUUUUAGAAAAUACCAUGUUUAUUCUUUGUUCUAUCAUUGAAUUAAGAUGUUACUAAUAUUUCACCAUGGAGCGUUGAUCUUGAAAGAGGCUUAUGUAUAUUUCGAAUGUUUCACAUUCAAACCUCCAGAUCCCCAAAUGUCAAAAAAAUGUGAUGAAUGGACCAUCAAAGAGUUGUUUUCAGUUUGGUUAAUAUAUACAUGAGCUGUCU